GCGAGCUUCUGAUCUGAACACACGUUUAUUUAAGUAUUAUUAAGUGUUGUGUAUUGUGUAGUGCCAUUUGGAUUUAGUGAAUAAAAUGUUUUUAAAAUGGCGGGCGUUGGUCGUGCUAUGGCUAGCCGUGGCGCUGGCAGAGGAUACUCCACCUGGUCUGGUCUCCAAGGAUGAUGCACAGGAUCUAGUAGCGGAGGCUUCUCAACCAGGUCAACAAGCACAGAAAAGAGAUUCAGGCCUCUCAAAUUCAUAUGGCGAGCCGCUUCCCCCCGACGCGUAUGGCCCUCCACGGGACAUUAUAAAUACUGUUCCAGAUUCCUCUCUACCAGCCCCAGUUUAUGGAGUGCCAGAAACCUUAUUCAUCGACACGCCACCAGGCGCGUAUGGACCCCCAGCUCCUGUGGUAUUCCCGAGCCAGAACUAUGAAGGACCUCCUCCCCCACUUGGCAAACCAAAACCCAUAUACGGCCCACCAAAAUUCCACCCACCAAAGAAUACGUACGGCCCACCAAAACCCGUCUACGGACCGCCUAAGAAAAAUUACGGACCCCCAAAGCAAGUGCUUCCAAAACCGAACUACGGAGCACCUUUCAAACCACCUAAGUUUAAUCAUCCCAAACCUGUGUACGGAGUUCCGAAACCCGUCUACGGCCCGCCUAAACAAGUGUAUGGACCGCCUAAAUUAAACUACGGAGCACCAUUGAACUUCCAGAAUAUACAAGUACCCGAUUUACCUUCGAAUUACGGCACAAUAGGAAUUGGCGCUAACGUAGGAUCUACUUUCAGUACUGUAGAAACAUCAAUCGGCACAAACUUUGGUUCAAACUUAGAUUUCAAUUCUAAUUUACCCGCACCUAUCUACGGCACACCGUUCCCUAACCUGCCAGUUAACUUAAAACCUAAUUUCCCUAUUCCUUCUGAUUCGUAUGGACCACCUGGCUUACCUCUAGGACCUAUUGGACCAAACGAUCAAAUUGUAGUGCAAGAUUUCGGUAGUAUCGGUCACUAUGGACCUCCUCAACCAGAUCCUAACCCGAGACCCCCGCACCCUGGCAUUCCAGCCCCACCAACACCUCCCCACGUUCUUUACGAUGGCUGGAAACCAAUUCCCGGUGUAUCUAAACCGUUGAUAGAAAAUGUAGACAUUCAUACCAUUCAUAACGUGCAAGGUGGUCAUAUAGAGAGUUUAGAUCAGUACGGACCACCACCGCCUCCGCCUCCAAGCCCAGAGUUAUUAAAUAUUGACGCUCAUUCCCACGAUAACUUCAACCAACAAUCGCAAUUCGGAGCGCAAAUAUCAUCAGGCUACUCCACUGUACAUCAAGAUGCUUUAGCGAACAUCGACUUAAACGCUAUCGUUGGUGGAGACUCGAACCACAUUGACCAAUCGAAAACAGUGUUCGAAGCGCAUUAUACAGAAAAUAGUAAUCCACACGCUGAUCUAUCAUUCAUACAAUCAGCUAUUCAGAACGAGAAACCAAUCAACGCAUACGGACCACCUCCAGAACCUAUAAGUUUCCCUGUAUCGAUAAGACAGCAAGGUGCUAAAGGUCUCCUUCCACCGUCUAGUGUUUACGGCGUCCCUAGCAACCAAUACGGACCACCACGCCAACUCCCAGCCAAUCUACCAAUUCCAUACGGAUCUGUAUCCGGCGGCGGACACUCAUUGCAUUCAGUUAACAACGGUCCUAGGCAUCCCAUCAAAUUCCGCGAAUCCGUACCGGAAGGCCUUAUCCAGCAAAUCGGACAGAUAUCUCAACACAAAGACCAUCACGGUGUAGAUCACGUGAAAACUGGCCCUGCGUACUUACCUCCACCUGUACGAGAAGUAAAAGACAUAAACCAACAGACAGGAAACCACGGUGUUGCUAACCUGGCGUUAUCCAUCGAGCCGUCGAAUUUAUACAGCUUGCCACAUUCUGGGAAUCCGAUAAACUUCCAACAACAACAACCUAGCAACUUAUACGGGUCACCGAUAGAUUCGUACUCAGUACCUCUCUUAACUGUCGCGGAUCAUACAGCCUCUGGAUCCAGUAAUACCGCAGUAACAGCUAGUCUCGAUGGAACUAUUUUAGCUAAUCUAAGCAAUUUAGAAGCUGCAGCGAUUCUCAAGCAUUGUCCGUAUCAUGAAGCUAUUCUAAAAGCAGCGAGGUCAGGCGAGAAAAUACCAUCUGAUUUAGCAGCUAGUUACGUCGCCAGCUUAAGUUCUUUAGGUACUGCUUUCCAUAACAACCAACAAUUAAUAUCGUCCCAAAAUAGUUUCAAUACACCCGUCCCAGGCAGCGAAUCGGUAUCAUACAACUCAAAAGACUUAUCAUCAGCCUCUCACACUUUAGUACAAACGAUCUUACCGAGCAAUCAAAUAGAAAGCGAGAAAACAGUCAGAUCCAGUGUACAAAAAGGAAAAUCGCUUAAAGACGAAUCGAAAAACGCUUACAAACAGAAUUCUAUACAGCUAGCUGACCAGAUAUACCAAACAUCAGAACAGAUAAGGAAUUUGAGUGAAGAAACGAAGUUGUUACAGCAGAAAAUUGUUUCUACAAGCCAGAACAUAAAUCAAGGAAACCAGAUUGAAAAUGGACAAAACAAUCAAGCUACUUAUUCAGUACAGAUCCAAUCGUCUGACGAUGGAAAGGGCAAAUCAUCACCAACAAUACCGCACGAACAGCUUCUAUCAGAAGGUCUUUUACAGAGCAUUUUACAAGCGAUCGAACAGCCACAUCUUGGACAAAAAGAAAACUCACAGAACUAUCAAAUCAUAACCCAGAACACGAACUACCAACCUAACUUUUCAAGUCUAGACGGGCUAGACCUCCCAGCAGGAUACGAACCAAUCGACAGAACGAAAAGCAAUGAUCUAGAAGUACAAAGCUCGAAUAAAGACGAACAAGUUUCAGACCAAAAACAUAAGCAUACGAAAGAAUGUGAUUUACGAGGUGACAACUCUAUCCGACAUGAAAUUAUAGUCCCUCCACCUGGUGUGGAGAAAGUACAAAAAUUAGAUGACGUUGAUAAUGAUGUAGCCAUUUAUUUUGGCGACGAAAAAUCGCAGGAGACAGUCACAGAAAUAUCUGUAGCGACAAGCAUAAGUGAGGAAUCUGACAAGUAUGAAAGUAAAGAAUUCGGCGACAAAACCAAGUCAUGAGAAAAAGAAAUCAAAUACUUUCUAGUCCUUUAAUAACCAGUGAGCUUUGGGUGCAAACAACUUAUGUUUUUAUAGUUUUAUUGAAAAAUAAUUGCUCGAAAACUACCCAAAGACAAAUUUCACGCUUUAAUCUACCUCUAUCCGUCUAAUAAUAAAUAUGAUAUUUUUCAAAUAGCUCACUGGCGCCAUCUAUAUCACUGUUUAUAUCUUCACUUAUUUAAAUUUAGAAUAAGAACUUAUUUAAUGUUGUAAUCAGCGCCAUCAUUAUCGAUUUUAAACGUAUUCAAGAUGAGAUCUUUAUCAAGAUUUCAUUAUUGCAAACGUUUAGAAAUUAUUAGCGUUAAUUAACCAUUAUUUAUUAUUUAAUCCUAUUUUUUAAGUAGCUACAGUAUUUUUGGACGAAUUAAUCUAAAUUGAACGAAAUGUUGCUGUCUAUUUGACAUAACGCGCCAAAAUUUUAAAUAGAGAUAGUACAAAAAAUGUCACAGAUAAUAUAUUUUUAUCGUCAAAUGUCAGCGUUUCAAAUAGACAGCUUUACAGACACGUUAUACAAUUAGUUAUCUGUAUUUUAUUGUAAGUAAUUUAAUAAAAAAUAUGAUAUA